GCGGAAGACGGGAAACUACGAUUGCUGAGUAACAUAAACAGACAUUAUUUAGGCUUCCUUCUAAGUUAAUAUUAUGUCAUAAUGUUUUAGUAAAUAUAAAUGAACACGAAUGUUUGUAGUUGUAGACCUUCAACGCUCCGAAAAUGUCAUCAGACCCAAAUUCAGAGCAGGCUAUUCGCAAUGCAAUAGAUUCUUGCACCACCAACCAAUCUAUGAUCGACUUGACUUCCCAACAUCUGCAGGAACUCAGGACACAGUGUGCGUCUUCGGACAAAAUAACGCAAAAAGAGAUAAAAGAUGCCGAGGUAAGUAUCAGACCCUCAUAAGCCUAUGUUACAACACUUUGCAAUUAGUCACUAUUUUGUUUUGGAUUUAUGAAACAUUUGUCGGUUACACAUUCACUUUCACUGAAAUAUUACAUUCACUGUAAGUGACCGAGUUAUUGCUCUUUAAUGGCCCCAGCAAGUAGGAUACAGGCCUGCCUUAUCUGCUAUGCAGUCCCGUAAAUCAAGAUUUUGAUGUUGUUGACUGGGAGCACCCCAGUCAUACCAGUCGCUAAUGACGAGCACUCGGCUAGAAGGGACUCUACUGUUCCCGGCGCCUGUCCACAAUGGCGACAGCUAGGGUCCCGCAGUGGGUGCAGCCUAUUAAGGUAGCUCCUGGUAGGACAAUGCUCUGUUCUCAUCUGGGUGAUGAGGCUCUUCUGGUGGCGUUAAAGACUCCACCAUUGAUCGCCCUUGCGGUUUGUUUUCUGCACGCUCCGGUAAAGUUUUCGGGCAGUGGUACCCUGUUCCCUUUCUUUUAUCCAUUCCUCAUGGAAGAGGUCCGUAACUUUCACUAAAAUUGACUAUUGACAAUCAUUAAAUCAUAAUUCAACUGUGCAUCAAAGAUAAUCAUACAAUAUACAUUUUAUUAUUAGUAAAGAUUGUAUUCAAAGUCACAGUCCUCGCUCCUGAGUUAUAGGACUAUAUUAGAAUUAUAAUUUACGUUCAUGGGUUCAGCCUACUUACUAUUACUAGUCCUAGUUGGCAGUUUGGUUUCAGCCAUUACAUUAAUCAUUAAAAAUGAUGAUAAGAACAAUCUAUACGAAGACUACAUCUUAUUAGACCAAAUAUUCAAAUACAUUUUAUAAGUUGUCCCUGCUUAAGUAUACACAUUUUUGUGAUUGUUUGCUUUUUUAUUUCUCCAUUUAUCUUUCUACAAAUGCCUACAUUGCCUAAAUACAAUCAUGAUUACAAUUAUCAGAAAUUCCCUUUGUUGUGCUUGAGGCACACUAAUUAACUUAAUGGUGGUUUUAUUUUCAUAUCAUUUUUCGGAAAAGAUCAAAUCAUUACUUAUAUACAAAACUGAGUACAUUGAGUCAGAAGUGCUUGUCUAACAGAUCUUGGAUCCUUGUCUUGUUCACUUUGGCCUUUGCCUAAUCUAUAUUCAUAUAUAGAUUUAUUAUGAGAUAGAAGAAUGAAACAUAAUCUUUGAAAUUGCACUCUAAAGGCUUGAGAUAAAAUGUACAUUUGUGUCCAGAAAGUGUAUUUUAUAGACUGUCACUGUGUUGAAAGAACAGUCUUCUAUAACUUUUAAUUAUUGAACAAGUCUGAUAUAGCCAGGCAAUGGGACACAUCUUCAUCCUACUUAGUAAUUGCUAACUAUUUAUCAUCACAACUACUUUAAAGAAAACAUGAUAUAAAAUGUAUGCUUUAAUGUUAAAUUGUUGUCUUAUGACAUUUUCAUAAAAUAUUUUAAUUAAAUAAUAAGUUUAAAUACCUUCUAAUGGUUUUUCAAAUGUGUUCACAUUGCAAAGCUGGGAUUACAAUGCUGGUAUUGCAAAUGAGUUUAUUGUAUAAAAUAAAUUCAUUGACAAUGUGAUAUCAUCAUAACCAAUAGUCUCAUCCAGUUGUAAUAUAGAAGACAAUAUCAAACCAGGAUAAUGCAGAUGCACACAUGAUCCACUUAUUACUUUAGGUUUUUAUCUUCUUUGGGCUGGGUUAACUCUGGAUUCCAACAUACUCAUUUUCUUUAACGUGUCAUAUUUUAAGAUCAUUUGGAUCUUUAAAAACAAGUUAUUUUUUUGAAUGAAAAUUUACCUGAUAACUCUUGUUAUUAUUGAUGUUUUUUAUGUUUGUUUCAUUCUUAAUAUAUGCAUGAACAUUCAUUAUUAUUAAAUUCUUCAGAGCAAAAUCAUUAGAAUGGUUGGAACUCAACUGGUAGCCAAACAAAAGUUGAGUGUUAAUAUUAUGCCAGAAGUCUUAAAAGAGUACCCUAAGCUAGAACCAUGGCUUAAAAUAGUUGGAAUACCAAAUGAUUCUAUUAAGGUAAGUUGAUUCCAGUCUAAAUAUACAAAAUAAAAUUAGCUUUGUUCAACAUUCAUGAUAAAUUAAAUUUACUUAUUGACCAUUUAUUCAUGGUGCAAUUGAUUUAUUUUUAAUUCCUUGUUUAUUCAAUAAUAUAAUUAAUUAAUAAAUUAACGUCAAAUACCAUGACUUUUUUUACAAGAAAUAAUGGAGUUUCAGAGGAAGUCUAAUAACAUAUAAUUUAAAAAAACAAUUCACAGGCCAUUUUGAAUGAAAAGUUGGCAUUCUCAGACCUUAUGAAUAUGGGUAAAGAUGACUUAACUGCUUUAUUAAGAAGAUUUGACUGUUCAGAAUCUGAGCUGAAAACAUUGCUAACUGCCUUCAAAAAUCUGCAAAUUUGUACUGGUAAGAAGAAAUGCUGAUGCUUCAUAUGUAACAUAUUUGUUCAAAAUUUUGUUUAAGGCUUAUUAAUUUUAAGAUUAAUGCUAAGAAAAUCCUUUGAUAUUUUUCAACAUUAAUCAUUAACUUCCCAUUGCCUUGACUGUAAAACAUCCAUAUUAUCCAAAAUGUUAGUGGAAUAACUAAUUAAUUUCACGUAAAAAAUUAAUUGCAUCUCACUAAUUUGAAAACCAAUUUGAUGGGGAAAAAAUUUCAUUAUGUAGAGAAAUUGAUUAUUUUCAGACAAUAACAAAUAAUAUGUUGAAAUGUUAAACUAACUAAAAAAAAAUAAAGGUUGGAGGGGAAAAAGCAAUUUAACAGGAUAAUUUCUUUACUUGUAUUGAUAAAUCAGAUCUUCAAUUAAGUUUGCAUGGAACUGAGCAAAACAGAGCUCAUCACAAAGGUGUGUGUUACAUAACACACAUCCUAACACAUUUUCAGGUCAUUUGUUUGACUCGGUGUACACGUUUUUCUGGAAAAAUUGUUUUUAUACAAUCAACCCAAUGCUACGAUUCACCAAAUAAGUUCCAGGAAUAGCCAAAUCACCAGCACAGGGACCUCCACCUGUCUUCUUUUUCAUGUAGAGCCUUUUAUUAAGGUUACAGGCAAUGUUCAUGUGAAAAUUAAAAUGGGACAAUGGCUUGAUGUCUGGGGGCAAGGCAUAUUAUUGUAUAAGUUGAACGCAUUCAGCCUUGCCAACUCAACUAAAAACAUUUUAAACCAAUGUUUAAUGGUCCAAUACAUGAGGAUAUAGCCAACGAUGGCAGGUGGUACAGUAUUAAACUGUCGGGCGAUGGCAGGGGAGACAGGAAAGUAACUUGUUAAGCUGAAUAAUGUCAUGUACUUCACACAAAGGUCAAGGGGAUCUGCUGACUAUGUAUUAUGUGAUUUAUGCACAAUGAAUAAACCGUCAUCCUUUAAAUAAACAUCUAUAAUCAGCUGGUAAAAAUUAAUUAAUUAUGCAAAUGACAUAUUUAAAUAGCUGUUAAUAUUUUCAACAACAGACAAUUUUUCUUUUUAAAUGAAAUUUUUAUUAUUCCAGAAAAACUUCUUCAGGGUCAGUCAAUAUCUGAACAUGAUUGGCACUUCACUGACCUGGCCUGUCUACAAGCUGUGUCAGCAACAGCUCAAUCUCGCUCUACAACCAAUAGUCCUGCAGCGGGUAAUUCGCCAAAACAUCAACAGAGGAUUACUCCUUCAACCUCUUCUGCGACCUCUGUUUUUUCAGAUAUUUCAUUCAACAACAGAUAUGAUCCUGUUUCACAUAUUGGUGGAAACGGAAGGCCCGCACCCUUCUAUGGCAAUUUUUCUGACAUGCAGCCCCCCAGGAGCACCCCUUCAUCUCCUCUACUCUCCCCCCACAAUUAUAAUGGCUCUCCUCCACCUCACCGGUCAAAGUCAGUUAGUAGUGCAGCUGUAAAAUACCCUAUUACACCCCCACCUGCUAAAAAUUAUAUGCUAUUUCCUGAUUCAACAAUAACAAAGAGCAAGAGUCAUGAAUCCCAGCUGGCUAAUAAAGUGGUGGACAUUGAUCCUAUCAAGUAAGUUAAAUGUUAAUUUUUACUGUUUCAGUUAUUAUCAACUUAGAAAGAACUUAUGUAUGGCAUAAAAAGCUCAGAAUCCUCAGUUGGGUAUAAACUUAAAUGUUUCUUAAUCAAAAUUAUGCAAUAUUAUUAUUUCAGUUGAGAAAUAUGUUACUUUAUAUUUUAAUCUAAUACUUCGUCAAUGUUUCCUAAAGUUUUAGGAACUAUUUUUGUGUCAAAUACAAGUGAUAAGCAUUAUGAAGAAAUCAAUGUAUGGCUGUAUUUGUCUGAAACCUAAUUCUCUAAGCUGCCCCUUAAAUUUGCUACAAAUAUUGUUGUACCAAGUAAUUUGAUCUUUUUACAAACUGCUAAUUUACCUUUAUGUAUUGACCAGGGGCAACAAAAAGAACAAACCUUCAACUAUCAACAUAAAAUUAGGUGGUAGCCACGAGGCUUUGUUCAAAAGACGGCUCUCCACGGAUGGCUCUGAAGCAGGGAGCCGUGGCCCAUCAGGUCACACAUCCCCUGUUGUUUCCUCCCCGCCUUACAAGCAUGACCCGAAUGUUCUGAUGUCUGAUGAUUACUCCAAGUACUCCAGUAAGCAAGCACUGGGAUCAUAUAUAUAACAUUUUAAAAAAAGAAUUUUGUUUAAAUGUUUUAUUAAUGUCAAAGGGAAAUAUAAAUGGGACAGAGAAAAAUGAAUAUAAUGUGAGCAUAUUAAUUAUUUUUUUUAAUGAAUACAUUUUUUGUGUGUGCUAUUCUUAUAAAAAACGGUUUUAGGAGGUUUUUCUUAUAAUCUUUCUUUUAACCCAUUUGAUAUGUUUCGCUGCAGUGUGCGUCACCCCAAUUUUGGCUGAAUAUCUUUCGCUGCACAGUGUGUCAUCACUGGUUUGUUUUAUUCCUUUAGUGUUUUAACUUUCACAGUCAAAUAUUUUAUUUAUAGCUUUCUAAACUUUUAUUCAGAUGAGUUUCAACUUCCUCUCUGUGAUUUUUCUAUCGGAUUGAAUCACGUUUUGUGUAUAAUUUGCUAGUUUUUUUAUGUUCUAAAAAAUUGUAAACAAACAUCAUCUGAUUGAAAUGGCUUUGACAAGUGAUACUUAUACUAAUAUUCGGUCUUCUCACUCAAGAUUUAGAUGUAUGACUGCAGAAGAAGCAAGCCAAUUAAUUAGCUUGGAUGAUUCAUUGGACUCAUAGGAAAACCAUGAUGACGAUGAAGAUUUGGAUGAUAGAUUGCUAUUUGAUAAUUGUGAUGAGGAAUAUAUUCCUCCAGCCACAAAGAGACCAAAAUUAGGCAAGGGGAAAGGAAAAGUGAAAGGAAAAUAUGGCAACACAUUUAUUUCACCAAAUGGACCUUGUUCUCCAGUUACAGUAGGCUUUGGCUUAGCUCAUAAUGCAAUGCAUAGGUCUAACUCUAAUCUGACACAGAGUCUGAGUGGUCAGAAGUUAUAACUGGACGAACUGAAAAGAAUUUUCGAAUUCACCCACUUAGAACUCCUGGAGUUAUUCCAAUGUUACAAAAUAUUGAAAACCCUACUCCUAUUGAAUUCUUCAAUGCAUUAUUUGAUGAUAACGUAAAUGAUUACAUUGUUGAAUCAGUAAAUGCUUAUGCUAAAAGAAAAGUACAAGUUAACACACCUGCACUUAGGCGUUCUAUAUUUAUCAGAUAAAAAAGGACAUUUCUAGACAUGAACUAGAUAAGUUCAUAGCCGUUUUGAUUUAUAUGGGCAUGUAUAAAAGGCCAGCUCUUGUGGAUUAUUGCUCCAUGUCAGCUGAACAGAUGUUUCAUGACAUUUAUCACGCCAUGCUACACUGACUAUGAAAAUCCGAAGGCAAAGAUAAAACUGAACCUUUUAUGAACCUACUCCUGAACUAGUUCAGAAAUGCAUUUUACCCCGUUCAGGAACUCGGAACUCAUUGUAGAUGACAUAGUAAUAGGUUAUAAGGGCAGGUGGCAGUUUCAACAAUACAAUGCCAGUAUGCCUAACAAGUACCAAAUAAAAAAAUUUUGUGCAAUUCCUCCACUGGUUAUGUUGUAGACAUUUUGACAUAUUUUAGUGCAAACAGUUCAUACAACUCAGAAGUGGAUAAAGAUGGAGGACAAGCUGUCCAAGUUUUUCAUACUUUGCUUCAACAUCUGGGAACUGGUUACAAAAUUUUAGCAGACAGAUGCUACACCUCCUGAAAAUUCAUCUACUAUCUCCUUGCUAAAAAUCAAUGUUAUACAGGAACUCUAAACAUUAACCGUGUUGGCUUUCCACUGGAGGUAAAGUCUUUAUCUUUACAACACAAAGAAAUGAAACAACCCAAAAAGCAUGCUUUGUGUUUCAUUCAGAGAUAAAAAGGCCAAAAAGAAUGUAAUACUAGUGUCAUCUGAUGCAAGGGUUCAUACUACCGAAACCAAGAAAAUGGACAAACCUGAAAUGAUUCAUAUUUGCAAUAAAAAAUGAAUGGCUGUGAUAAGCUGGUUCAGAAAGUAACCUACAACUCUGUGUAUGAUCGAAAAACCAUAAAAUGGUGGAAUAAAAUUUUCUUCUGGUUGUUGGAAGUCACCCAGGUGAAUUCCUACAUUUUGUUUUCGUUAUGCAAAGCAGCAGAUCAAAACCGAAUGAGUCUGAAGGAGCACUUGAUCCAAUGGUAAGAACACCAGGAAAGGGCCCAAGAGACAGGAUGCCUUGAAAGGACAAAUGAAUCGCAACACAUCAUUCAUAAUGAAGAACGUGACCGAUCUUGUGCCUAUUGCUCUACUGCUACUAAACGGAUACGCACACACUUUUAUUGCACUGGUUGUGAGGCCAAACCUCACCUUCUUAAAGGAUGCUCCAGGGCCUUUCAUUCAAAAUGAUGGCCUGAUUUGUUUAUAUAGUUUGUAAAUAUGUGUAAAUAUUUGUUUACCAGACCGAAAUAGUUAUUUUUAUUAUUAACUUUUGGAACCUUUAUUCAAGACUAUUAUGUUGAGAAAAAUUCAUAACUAAGCAAUUUCUUGAGCUUUUGCAACAAACCUUUCCUCAUACUUUGGAUAUAUAAUAAGGCUCAUUUGCUGAAAAAAAUUGUCUUUAUUGGAUUAUUCUUACCUGAUUUAUGGGUUUGUGAGUAAAUAUGUUUAUAUUCAAGUGUUAGUUUUACAUAACACUGUCAUAUUACCCCUAAAGGUUUUCUCUCUAUAAUUUUUGUAUCGCUCUUUUACAAUAAAAGCAUAUUCCUUGUUCAAUUAGUUAAAUUUUGUUGUGCUACAUGACAAAGGUUUGAUAAAAAGAAAGCGGGGAUUUUAAGUUAAAAAUCAUCAGGUCGAAUGGAAUUUCAGUCACUUAGAUUUGUUAUGUUCCUUUGAAUAAUUGUAACAUAUUAAAUAGGUUAAGGUACCUUAAAUUAAAUUCAUUUUAAAUGUGUUCAGAAAAAAUUAAAAUGACCAUGACAGCUAUAAAUAAAUAUAACCACUAUAGAUUUGUUUUAUUGUCAAAGUUUGACAACUCAUGGCAGUAAAAUUUGAACUGUGACCUUUCAAUUGACACUAAUGCAGAUUAAAAGCGUACAUUUUUAAAAAUGUGUGUUACUGGUCCAUGAUCUGGGAGCAGGCCAUUAUUAAUCCUAAUUUUUGUUUUGCUUGUUAUAGUAGCAUUAGAGUCUAGUUGUGUGAUUCUACCUUGCAGUAUUUUUUUUAAAGAUACAUUUUUUUUUUAUACCUAAUUUUUGUUUCACAAUGAUUCCAUUUAUGCCAAUUAUGCAUUUUGAAUAUUGACAAUUUUCUGUAAAUUUUGCACUGUGAAUUUUUUAGCCCUUUAAAAAGCUCAAACUUGCAACUUGCUCAUCUCGUAUCUCCUUAUUUUUAAAAGACUUUUUAUAAAAACCUAUUGUCAAUUUGAAACUUGCAGUCAACAAUGUUUUCUAAUAUUCUCAGAUAAGUGAUGACAAUUUCUAAGCCAUCUCUUCUGAGUUUUGUGUUGAACAACUUUUUAUGCAAUUAAUUUAAAGUGAUUUUUCUUUUUAAAUAGUAUAAAUAUGUUACAUUUUUUAUUAUAGAGUUUUUUGUUGUUGUUUUUUUUUACAGAUACUUUGACUGUACCAAAGUCCCCAAAGACACCAAUGAAGAUCCUCCAUCAGAUUUAUCAUAGGUAAGUUAUGCUUAGCCUCAAAGAAUAAAGGUUAAAAUAAAUGGUUAUAAUUAAUAAAAUUGCCUUUGAAAAAUUUAUUUGGUCAUCAUAUAAAUCUUGACUUAACCAUAAACUACACAACCAUGCCAAAAACAAAUCAUCAUAUAUCAUAAAAUGGAUGUGUUAGAAUGUUUAAAAAAAAAUUGUUUCAUCACAAUUCAAACAUUUUCCCCAUAAAAUACUUUAAGUUUGCCAGAGUAAUUAUUAAAUCUAGAUAAAAUGGCUAGAGGAAAAGUAUAAAUUACAUUGUUUUUCAUAAAAAUGGGAAUACUGACUGACAAGUCCUUAUAUUGAACAUGAUAACCUUGCCUUACCUCAAAUAAAGUGAUGAAAUUUGCCUGAAGCAUUUAAUUAAGAAAGAAUAUUUUUCCUCGCCUACUGUUGCAAAAAAAUUUCCCAACAAUAACAGUAAAGACAUUGUAUUGUGUAAAUAAGUCAAAACAAUCCCCUUAGUGCCUACAGGGUCACCAUACGGCCUUUAAAAAAAUUAUUGUGGGUCUUGGCACUUUCAUCAUCAAUUGAUCUGAAACUCCUUCAGAAUGUUAGGAAACAAUCAAACUAUAAAUAUGUUCCAUGGUGGUAACAAUAAGGGUAUAUAGCAUUUUUAGACAACAUCAUUAUACAGGUCUUUUCCUAUUGCUGGCUUUAACUAUUCAGCCGGACCACUUUAUUUCUUGUUAAGAUUGCGGUUGAUUAUAUGAUAGUUUAUUAUUGCUUGUCAAGGUUUGCAAACACGUUUAAGAUCACCACUUGUGACUACUGCCAUAAGCAGAUGAUUCUGGGCUACAAAUGCAAAGACUGCAAGUAAGGGAGAGCAUUCUCUGGAGCAGAUGAACCUUGCCUUGUGUUUAUCUCCCCUCCUCUUGCCUGUUCUCCCAGCAAAUAUAUCAUGCCACUAAUCUGUUGUUAGCUGUUACAGCAUGCCACAGCUAGAGUCCCUUCCCUCUUUUUUUUUCUGUAUCAUAGCGAUGUAGCACUUCAUAAAUCCUGUACAUUAGUCUACACAAUACACAUGCAUCAUUUCUGCUUCUUCACCACUAAUUGUUCAUUGAGCUUUUUUACCCUCUCUCUCUCAGGGUAAUAUCUCUUUUACUGUCUGCUACACAUUUUAAAAAGCAGUUCCUAGUUUCAAUUGUAUUCUUAAUAAGUAUUAUUCUCAUGGUGUUGAUUUAAUUAACUAUUAAAUUAAACAAAUUUUAGACAAAAUAUGCGAUCAUGACUAAAAAAUAAACGUGUAUUGACAACAUCAAAACUUUGGGGAAAAAACAACUUCUCUUAACUGUCUCUUUUAAUAUAUUUUAAGCCAAAUAAAUCAGAUGGAGCUUUAAGUUACUCUUUAUGUCUGCUGUACCUAUUGUACACAGUGUUUACUCUAUGCCUUUAGAAAAUCUCAGUUUUUGCCUUUAAAAAAUAAUAAUAAACAAACAGGAAAUUUUGCUCAGGGAUAUCCAAGAACUAAAAUCUUGAUAAAGUCAUAAAGUAUUUGUGUAUAGAUGCAGACUGUCUUUUUUAAAAAACUUCAUACACUUGUUUGGCUGCUGUCAUCCUCCAACCAAACUACAAAAUACCACUGUUGCCAAGUAAAGAUUUUAAAAUUUAAAAAAAAAAAAGAAAGAAUAACAAUAUGUUCUUGAGUGUGUUAAAAUGUGUUGAUAAAAGUAUAUAUUAAGCAAUCUCUAGAUGAAGAUUAAAGAAAAGGCAUAUAUUUUAAUUCAAAUAUCUUGGUGCAAACCUUUUCAAUUUGAUAUAUUUACAAGAAAAAAAUAGACUGGAUUCAUCUUUGUAUUUGAUUGAAAUGAAUUAAUAUUUCUAUUUACUCCAGUCAUUAUUAAAGAAAAAGCUUUAAAAAGUAGUUCAUUUUCAAGAUUUAACAAUUUGAAUAAUUUCAAGAUUAAUACUACUGACUAAGAUUUGAAACUUCCUGGAUUUUGAUAAAUAAUUUAAUUUUACAGCAUUUGGUAUGUAAUUUAUUUUUUGCAAGACAUAUAGAUAUAGAAUAGGAAAAUGUUUUCAGUGAAUAAUGCUGCAUCAUUUCUAACACACAUGACUAAUGCUCUGAUUGUCAACAACCCACAGGGCUCAAUAAGUGACAUCUUUUCUUUUUUUUUUUUAAGCUUAGAUUUAAACACAUUCUAGUCAAUGAGAAUUAAUUCGGUAUUUUAAAAAAAUAAGUCUUAUUUAGCUCAAAUUAUUUUUUUAAAUUUUUGUUACCACUAAAGUUAAUGGCUUUUGUUCUUUUUGUUUUUUAUAUUUCUUGUUCAAUAAAAAUAAAACCAUGCAAAGGAUUGUUUCUGUAAAUUUAUCUAAAUUUUUGCAAGAGGAUUAACUGUUUUAGCCCUGCAUAUUUCAUAAUAGAUUGUUUGGCCAUGCAAAACCAAAUGUAUAAUUGAUCUAAACCUGGUCACAUACAUAGCCACCUUGUAUCCAAUGUAUCUUGAAUUCCUCUUAACACUGUACAUGUACUUUGCUGGCACGCUUCAUGUUUGAUAUCGUAUCUCCAUUUUGUUGUCUCUCUCUCCACAUCCCCGAAUCAUCUCUAGAUGUACUCCUUCAGUGUUUGUGUUUGCCCCCUGUGAUGUGUGUUCUAAGUUUGCCAUUCGUGGGAAAACCUGUACAAAUUGCAAGUAAGUAAUCAAUAUCAAGAUACUACCAGGCAAGACAAACCGUCUCACAAGUAAGUUGUCGUGUUUUAUACUCAUGAGAUCAGUUUAGAGAGAGCAAGAAGGUGGGGGGUGGGGAUUUACCCAUCAAUUACCUGAGUUACAGGAAUAGACAUACAUUUUUUUUUUUAAAUGAUCAAUUUAUUAAAACAAGACAAAAACAAUUAGCGUUAUUAGUGUUGGACAAACAUGUUUAGGAAUAAAACUGAAGAAACUGCAAAUAAAUAAUUUGAAGAGAAAGAAGUUAUCUGAUGGGUGAAGAAGUUAAUUGAUGGAUGGGUAUAAAAAUUAAUAGAUAGGUAUACUCUAGUAGUUUGUAUGUUGAAAUUUAUAGAUAGGUAUGCACUAGUUGUGUGUAUUUUGAAAUUAAUAGAUAGGUAUACACUAGUAGUUUGUAUGUUGAUGUGUCAGAAAAAAUAAACAGUUGUCACAUGAUUUUCAUUCCAUUUUUCUGUUCUCUUUUUUUUAAUUUUUAAUGACAAGCCCUGUCUUUACACUGGAUGUUAUCUUGAAAUUACAGUAUGCACCAAAAUUAACAGUACUAACAUUCCAGCAUCUUAACACACACAUGUGCGAUUGUCAACGGAAAAUAGAUCCAUCAACCACUUUAUCCUUGGGGUGUCAAAGAAGUUUUGUUUGGGAGUUGUUGGACAUGGGGCUCGCUACAGAGGGGAAAAAAUUUCAUAGUCAAGCAUUUUUUAGCUUGUGCGUAUGAAAUUCUGUGAUUAUGAUGUUGGACUAUGUAUGAAAAGAGAUGGCAGAACAAUUCAAAGAGAGAUUUAUUAAGAGAGUAUCAAAUGUUACAGUUGUGGUGUCUGUUUUUACAAAAUUUUGCUGUUAUGGAAAUGUAUUGUGUCAAUGGAAGUGGAAGUCUGGUGGAGUUGUUUAAUUUUUCAGAAUGAGAAUCACUUUCAUUUCUCCAGAAGUUACUGACUGAGUUUGCCCCAACAAAAUCUAUGAAGAACAUUUUUCAAACUUGACACCAACAUACAUAUGUUCACAGAUAAAAAACGUAACUACAUUUUUAUACUGCACUUGACAGAGCUAGAUCUGUGAGCCAGGAUGAUCUAUUAUAAAAGUUUUUGGCUAUGGUGUACGAAGAUCCAGUUUUUAUAAGGAUGUUUGAUUCUCUGAAGAAAGUCACAUUAAGUCCCUGUUCAUUCAGAUUUCCCCUUCUGUUGACCGAGUACCUUUCCAAAACCAUGUUACUUGGUGCUGUCUUUUCUUUUUUUUCUGUAUCCAAUUUGUUCUUACACAUUUUUUUGCAAGCAUGGUCACCAUUUCCAUUCAAUAACGUAUGAACGAAAAUAUUGCUUAGCGAUAAAUAUUUUUCUCUCAGUUGGGGAGACCUUUUCUCAACAACUACCAUCAUAUAAUUAUUUUCAUUGCUCUGUUCACGUGGCCGCUGGAGCUAUUCAUGGUUGACAAACACAAUUACGCGUUCAAAAUGCGGGAGUAUCAAUACUGCUAGUUUUGGCGCAUGGUGUAUUUUUUUCAUUAGCCUCCUCUCUUAGUAUUUUAUCACAGCAUUUAGAACUAGUGAAUGUUGAUUGCCUUGUGAUAAUCCUUGUGUUAUUUGGAAUAUAUAUAUUUAAACAGAUGUUGACUUAUUUUUCUGUGUGCCAUCUAGAGAUGAUUUACCAUUGGAAUGAAUGAUGUGACUGGAAUUGUAAUCGAUAAGAUUUUUUUUUAAUGCCUUAGUUAUUAAUUGGCUUAAUAGAUAUAUAGAGAUUUAAACGCAUUUUCAAUCUUGCAGCUGUGUGUUUAAAACUUAGAUAUGUUUUUCCAAGCAGUUGGCUUCUAACAUCUUCUCCAUAUUCAAUAAUGUUUUGAUGAUUUUCAAUUAAUAACUUUGGCUAAUAACAUAACAUUUAAUUUUCAACUUGUUAUUAUUGUGAAAUCAAUUUUUAAGAAAGUUUUUUUUUUUAAAAUAUUUAAUAAAUGGUAAACAGUUGUAAAAUUUAAUGUUAAUUUAGUUCAUUCAUGCGUACCCUGUAAGUUAAGUUUCAAUGAGACAUGUUUUUUUUAAAAUACAAAUUAUCUUCUUUUUAAAAAAUGUUUGCAAAAUCUUGAAUAAGUUUAUACAUUUUUUUAGAAGCAUUGGUUAAUAUUAAAUGCUGUGAGUAAGGAUUAACUGUAUUAAACAUUACUCUAUUAUUUUUAAAAAUUCUAUUUUGAACGUUUUUUUUUAAAAUUUAUUAGGAAAAAAUUUCACAAAGAUUGUGCCCAGCGUGCUCCUCCUACCUGCGGUCUUUCAGAUGCUACUGUAGAUUUGCUGCUGGAAUGGCAAGGUGAGAAACACAACCACACAUAUUUUUAUUUUCAAUGAUAAAACUAAUCUUUCCAUUCUCAUUUGAAUUGUCAAACAGUAGUUAAUUCUAAAUAACUUCUAAUUUCCAAUUUUUUUUUUUUUUUCAUGUAAAGGUUUUUAACCGACUAAUAUGGUCUAAUUUGACCGUGUUCAGUUACUUGUCUUGCAGAUUCUCCCAUGUCUCAGCGUCGCCUGACAAAGACAAAUAUCUAUAAUCCACACUCUAAAGAUUAUGAGGGCCUGAAGCCAGUUACAUCAAUGCCUAGUUUUCCUGGUGGUCACCCACCCGACUCCGGUUCCAAUACAUCUUCAUGUAAUUCCUCUUCCCCGUCAUCUCCUGUGUACCACCAAACAUCCUCCGAUACCAUCACAUCUCCUUCUCCUGCUCAAUCUCCUUGUGGUCACAUGCAGUUCAACUUUCCAGGUGAGUUCAAUUUUUGAAUUAUUAUUAUUUCAGCGUUUCCUGUAAUUUAAUUAAUGUUGUGAUAAUAGAAAUUGCUAUUUGUUUUAACCUUUAAGUGAAUGCAUACAUUUUUAUUUUAAUGAUUUGCAGUUGCAGAUUAAAUAAUGUCAUAAAUUGCAAAGUUUUGAAAUUUUAUAAAAACAAAGACACCUAAUAACAACUUAAAUUUUUUAAAACCUACAUGCAUAGUUAGAAAGAUUUCUUGUAUAGCAGUAUGCAUUAUCUGCUGAAUAUGCUGCUAGCUAUAAAUUAAUAAUAAUUUAAAUUUUUUUAAACCUACAUGCAUAGUUAGAAAGAUUUCUUGUAUAGCAGUAUGCAUUAUCUGCUGAAUAUGCUGCUAGCUAUAAAUUAAUAAUAAUUUAAAUUUUUUAAAACUUACAUGAAUAGUUAGAAAGAUUUCUUGUAUGGCAGUAUGCAUUAUCUGCUGAAUAUGCUGCUAGCUAUAAAUUAACUAUAACUUAAAUUUUUAAAAACUUACAUGCAUAGCUAGAAAGAUUUCUUGCGUAGCAGUAUGCAUUAUCUGCUGAAUAUGCUGCUAGCUAUAAAUUAAUAAUAACUUAAAUUUAAAAAAAACCUACAUGCAUAGUUAGAAAGAUUUCUUGCAUAGCAGUAUGCAUUAUCUGCUGAAUAUGCUGCUAGCUAUAAAUUCCAUUACUUUGAAUUCAGGUUAUAUGACUGUUUACUGUAGGGGAAAUACACGUGAGUUGUUUUUUUAAGUAUGUUACAAGUUGUGAAGACUUGUAAUGAAGCUAGUUAAAACUAACAUUUAACAAGAAAAAAAAAUUUAAGAAAAGAAACCUUGUGUGUUUUAGGUACAUGGUGUUUUUACAUGCCCUCACCCUGAAUUAGUAUUUUUAUUUUCCCAAUAUAUUUUACAAACAGAAGUGUUUGGUCCUGAUUAUUCAAACUUCAAAAAUAAAUAACACCUUAAGUUUUUUUUAAAAACCAGAUGUUUCAGAUGUUGUCUCCACUCUUCCUGCUGAUUAUGCUCAGACCGUGGGGAACAACUCUCCUGACUUGUAAGAUGUUUGCAAAAUAUAUUUCCUUAAAGAAAUGUUGUCUUAGAAAAAAAGAUGUCAUAUAAAUAAUUAUUUUCAUAAAUGUAUUGUUCUUUUUUACUUUAUCAAACAUUUUGUGUAUGAAAAUAUUUUAUUUUAGGCCCAAUUAAUUUGCCACCUACCAGUAACAAAAACUGCAUUUUGUUUUAGAAAGUUCAAUUUAAUGAAAUAGCAACAAAAAAAAUUUAAAUGAUGUUUUACUUUCAUUUUUGUGCAUUAAUUUGUGCAUUCUUAUCUGUUUGGCAGAGAUGUUGUGAGUACAAACACAUCCAAUGACAGUGAUAGAACUUUAAUUGAUGUAAGUUGCUAUUUACCCCCUCUUGUGCAUAUCUUUUUAUGUUGACAGUUUAUGCUCACUGAGCUGUGACAUUUCCCUUGUGCAUAGUUAUCACUCUCUGUUCUUAUUUGUCUCUGCCCGACCCAGUUUUACACUUGCAAUUUUACGCCUAUGACUGUUGUUGAAGGCCUUUCGGUCAAAACAUUAGUCGUUUAGUGUGAUUAUCUUUCAGGCUUUCCCCAUCUCUGAUUUAUAUAUUUCAAUUUUCUACAUGGCAGCUUCAUACAUAUUUAUUUAUUUAUUUAGGCAUUUUUUAUAUAGCGCUUACCUUAAAGCUCUAAGCGCUUUACAAUUAUUAAAAACAUGUAAACUAAGUAAAAUAAAAAUGAGACACUAGGAUAGUAACUACUAGACAAUAGAAACAAUUAAAAUGGCUAUAUAACGAGGACACUUUGGCACGUUUUGGCCUAUACUACAGGAACAGAAAAUGAGGCAGGGCGAGGAGGGUGCAUCACAGGUCAUUGGCGGACCUAAACAGAUGGGUUUUAAGGGACUUUUUAAAAGUGGACGAGGUUUCACAAUGACGGGUAUGGAAGGGGAGCUGGUUCCAGAACGUGGGCCCAUAGAAGUAGAAGGAGCGUUCACCGAUGGUCUUAGUUUUUGUUCUUGGGAUUGAGAGGGUUCUAUUAUCAAUGGAAGAGCGUAGUUGUCUUGUGGGGAUGUAAGGAAGCAACAGUUCAGAAAGAUAGACAGGAAAGUGAGGGUCAGUGAACGAGUUGAAGCAUAGAUUGGCAGACUUGUACUUGAUGCGAGAGGAUAUUGGAAGCCAGUGGAGUUGCAGCAUGUGUGGUUGAAUGUGGUCAUGUUUCUUUGAUUUAAAAAUGAGUCUGCAAGCUGAGUUCUGUGCCUUCUGAAGUUUGUCUAUGUGGUGUUGAGGAAUGCCUGUGAGAAGAGGGUUACAGUAGUCAAAUUUUGAAAGAAUGAGUGAAGAGACGAGAGUUUUUUUGGCAUCAAAGGAGAGGAGGUGUCUCAUGGUACUGAUUUUUCUAAUUUUGUUAUAUGCUGAUCUACAUAUAUUCGUGACAUGUUUGUCCAUGGAGAGUGUGUCUGUAAGCGUGACUCCAAGGUUUCUGGCAGAGGAAGAGAGUGUGAUGUCAGAGUUGCAAAUAGAUAUAGAAGAAGGAGCGGAUGGAGGGAGAGGUUUGUUUUGAGAGUGGAUGAGAAGGAUUUCCGUUCAUUUAGCUUCAGUUUGUUGCAAGUCAUCCAGCGCUUUACGUCGUCCACGCACUCCUGUAUGCGAAGGAUUGUGGCAUCAAGUUGAUCACGAAAGCAAGAGUCGCUGAUUUGAGUGUCAUCAGCAAAGGAUUGACUGGAAACUGAGUGGUGGCUAAUGAGAGAUGAUAGAGGUUUAGUGUAGAGGAUGAAAAGGACAGGCCCAAGGACCGAUCCUUGAGGAACUCCAAUAGACAGGGCUGAAGGUUUGGAAGAGCGGUUGGAAAUAGAGACUGUUUGAGUUCUGUCAGAAAGAUAUGAUUGAAACCAGUUUAAAGCUGAGCCAGUAAGUCCAAAAGAAAGAUGAAGGCGGUCAAGAAGAAUCUGGUGGUCAAUGGUAUCAAAUGCAGCAGAGAUCUAUCAGAGUGAGAAUAGAGAGUUUGCCAUCGUCCAUCGCGCGCAGGAGGUCGCUCAUGACUCGGACCAGUGCUGUUUCCGUGCUAUGACCAAGUCGGUAGGCGGACUGGGAGGAAGGAUAGAGAUUGCAAGAGUGAAGAUAGUCAGAGAGCUGAGAGAGUAUGAGUUUUUCUAUGAUUUUUGAGAGAAAGGAGAGGUUGCUGACGGGGCGGUAAUUCUUGAGUGUGUUUGGAUCAAGUGAGGGUUUCUUUAGGAGUGGCAGGACUAUACUUAAAAAUGGGAGGGAAGAUGCCAUUUAAGAUGCUAGACUUUGGAUAAUCAGGGCUGAAAAAUUUUGCCUGUGCCCAAGAAUUUCAAAUUCACUUUUACAAAUAAUUUUUCAAAAAAAAAUCUAUUCCAACUUUUAGAAAAAAAUGGGAUGGCUCUUCAUUAAAUUACUUAUGGUUCUGUCUGCCGCUGAUCAUAAUCCACAUUGAUUUGAUGUAAACUUCAUUUUGACUUAUUUUGUUUAUUUGGAUAACUGAUGAUGCAGAUUGUAUCUUUGAAUUUAUUGUUUGUCAUGUCAUUUUAACCCUUUUUAUUUAAAUGUGAUAUUUCAGAGUAACACAUAUGAGCACACUUUGCCAGGCAGGGUGGACUCUGUAGACAGUCAAGAUGAUCCAUUUAGCUGGAAUCGACAGAACAGUGUAAGUUAUUUACUUAAUGCAACUAUUGAAAGAAUGGAGCUAACUUCAUUUAAUGGCUCACUGAAUUUCUAUUCAAUUGAAAAAAUAAAUAAUUUCAAUGUCUCCUAACAUGUUUUUGUCUCCUCUUUCAGCUUGCUGCAACCAUGAAAGAGUGGGAUAUUCCAUUCAAUGAUCUCCAUGUUGGUGAAGCCAUAGGGAAAGGACGAAUUGGGACCGUAUACAAGUGGGUAGUGUAUUAGGACUGUAAAUAAGUGUGAAGUGGCCUUUUUAAUUAAAAAAAUUAUUAUUUAACCAAAUACUUGUGGUAGGAAAGGCAGAGUUUUUAAUUUAUUAUAACAAUUAUAAAUCAAUGAAUUUCUGAUUUCUUUUGUAAUCACAUCCUUGCUAUAAAUUGUUUAUCUUUUAAAGGAAGCAUUUGUUGAUAUUGGAUAUUUUAUGUAUAAUCUUUGCUGACUUGCACUGCUUCUAUGACAGGGGUUUGUGGCAUGGCGAUGUUGCCAUUAAACUUUUGGACACUGGUGGAAGUACAGAUAAUGAGGCUCAACUAGCAGCUUUUAAAUUGGAGGUAAUUACUUUAUUCGGAGUGUGCCAACAAAUUUAAUCAAAACGAAUGUUAGCAAAAUUUCUGCUUUGCUUAACACCAAAUUUGUAGGGGAAGCAACUUUCAAUUUUACAUUAACUUGUCACAUUUAUUUUUUUCUCAAUAUAUAAAUUUUAAAAAAUUAUUUAAAAACCCAUUCCAUUUCUUCUUUGUUUUGAUUUCAAGUCCGUCUGUUAUUGACAUUUACAAAGUUUUGGUUCUCUGCUACGUUCUUCGAUUGUUCAUCAUGCUGUAGAGAACUAUUUAUUGUCAAGGUGUUGUAAAUUAGAUAACACAGUAAUUAUCUUUUUUGACAUGCUAAUGUUUCUUUAUUGUACCCUUUCCUGUUGCAGUCCAGUAAUUAUGAGUAAUAUAAUCCAGAUUUAAUCUUUUAUUUCAGCUGGCUAUUUUAAGGAAAACACGUCAUGAAAAUUUAGUAUUAUUUAUGGGUGCAUGCAUGACACCCCCAAGAUUAGCAAUAGUCACGAGGUAAGAUCUUUGCAUUUAAAUCUUAUAGAAACAUGCCAAGAGGUUUGAUACAAUUCAGUGCUUAUGGAUGUUAUGAAAACGUCACUUGCUAAUUUGGAUACCUAACGACAGAAAAAUCCCACACACAAAAAAACAACACAUAUACAACCUUUUAAAUAUUAACUCUAAUUAGGUUUAGGUUUAAAGUCUUGAACCUUUAAAUAAAUUUGAUUCUUAAUUUCCUGCAGCAUUGAGAAUAGAGCAAUGACAAAUGUUGGUUAAUAUUCCUGUGAACCAAGGGUUUUUAACUUUUUUAACCAGUGGGCUUGUAAAAUAAGAUAUAUACAUUUUUCAGAUUGAUACAGUAAAAUAAACAAAAUCCUUUGUUUACACAGUGUUUUCUGCAACAGUUUUGUAAAUCAAUAUUAUGAAAUAAAAAUUAUGUUUUAUUUAAAGUAACCAGAAAUCAAAUCUGUAGACAAAAUUGUUGAAUAACACACUUCUUAAACCUCGAUAAAGGAAUAGUUUACUUUUAAAAAGUUAUUGCGAAAUCAGCUUCUUCUUAUUUUACAUCUGGACCCAACAUUAAAAAGCAGUGUAAAAAUGGCAUGGCUACUUAAAUAUGUUAACCUUGUUCUUCGGUUACCAGAAAAGCAAUUUUACUCCUAACUGGCACCCUCUCACUACAUGAUUAGAUUGGACCAUGUGUUGAUGGCCAUACAUUUGGCAAAAACAAUUCUGGCGACUGAUAGGUAUAAAAACCACUGCUGUAAACAUUUGCAUAAAUUAAUUUCUGUGCAUUUAGUGAAGUUUGUUACAUUCCUUAUUUACAAUUUUUCUCUCCUAUGUUUAGUUUUUGUAAAGGUCAGACAUUGUACACCAUGAUACACCUAAACAAGACCACAAUCAAGAUUAACAAGGCCAUUACUGUAGCCUCACAGAUAGCUCAGGUCAGUGGAGAUGAAGACUUGCUUUGUUAAAUAGACAGGAUAUAGAUUUUCACAAAUGAAAUUUUACUACAUUGAGGUCUCAUUACUAUAUUGCCAUUGGGCUCCUAAAUGUUUUCUUUUAAAUUGAAGAUCGCUGCACAUGAUCAACAUUGUAAUUUUUUUAAAAUCCAUCAUGCAUGAUUGAUCUUUGCAAAUAAAGACUUAUAAAAAAAAAAAAAAUCAUUUUUCAUAUUAUUCUCUUUUGCAUCAAAGGUGAUUAUUAUGGAAUAGGCUUGCUUUUCAUUCACAUGUCAUAUUUCAUUUAGAAUCCUUUGAUGAAAUAAAGCUACAUAUACCGGUACUAUAAAUUGGGUCCCAAAGGUUGUCUGAGUUUUAUUGAAAUGUUUUCAGCUCCUAACAUGAUGUUAAUUUUCUUGUCCUAUUAGUGAGAAAUUGAAGAAUGGGUUAAUAUUGUUUUUUGUUAGUCGUAUCUUGCUAUAAGAAGCCUUUGAUGCCCUUGAGAAAAUAACCGAUUACAAAUCUGUUUGGUUUCUCCAGGGCAUGAGUUACCUCCAUGCUAGAAGUAUCAUCCAUAAGGACUUGAGGACAAAAAAUAUCUUUGUUGAUUGCGGGAAAGUUAUCAUCACUGAUUUUGGCCUUUUUCAUGUGACAAAAUUGUGUCGUGGUACUAAGUAAGUAACUUUGAUUGGGGCACCUGAAUUGUAUGUGAUAAAUCAAUCUUGAUCAUUAGCCACAGAAAUAUAAUAGGUACUGAUGCUCUGUGCAGACUCUUGUCUAUUCUCUGGUAAAACAUUAGUUAAUCAAGAAUUUCAUGGCAUGCAGAAAAACAUUGUUUAUUUGAAAUAAUUUUUAAGAUGCAGUUCUCACUUCAACAUCACCUAAUGUCAUUUAAUAUCUUCAAAUGUUUCUUCCAUUUUCAGGAAAGAUAACUGGCUGAGUGUGCCAAAGGGCUGGCUAUGUUACUUGGCCCCAGAGAUAAUCCGUUCACUCAAAGCUAUGCAACAGUCCCAGACUGACUUGCCUUUCACUAAAAUGUCAGAUCUUUAUGCUUUUGGGUGAGUCACCAUGCAAUUACUUAGAAGUUCCUGCAGACUUUUACUAAGUUUACAGAUUAGAUGGAUAUUUCUGAAAGGUGAUGAAAAAUAUUAGUUGGUAUGAAAAUUUGUCCGAAUUGUUUAAGAAAUCAAAUCUUCCUGUGUAUGAAUAUUAGCACUUUGCUUUUUUUGAAUUAUGUCUAUAAAUGGCAUCCUUGGGUGGAGUAGCUGUGUACACUUCAACAAAUGGCUCACUUGGCCCAUCAACUGCAUUUCUCACAGGAGAAUCUCGACUCCUGGAUAGAUUUGGCCUUCCAUAUUGUUCUUUUUUUUUUUUUGCAAGAGCUUUGUUUCGCACAUUUUCUGCCUUUUUGACUCCAUACAUUGCUGUUUGCCAUCUCCUAUUCAUUGAUUUCUAUGUUAGCUUUCCUCAUGCUCUUUUUGCAAACAUCCAUAAAUUGUAGCUGUGGCCGUCCAAUAAGUCUUCUCCCUUCUGCCAACUCUCCACACAGCAACUUCUUUGGAAUACGACAUUCCUUCAUCAUCCUUACAUCGCCUAACCAGCAAGCGUUAAAUGGCCACAGAAUUGAGACCAUAAAAUUAACAAUUUUAAUAAGUUGUUUUUUGUCUAUGAAUACAAUCUAGGCACACAUAACUAGAGAAUCAUAAACUUUGUCUCUCUUCAGUUACUGCGGAUCAAUGCAUUCUUGGCUGACACAUUUUUUUUUUUUUUUUUUGUUUUUUAUUCUUUUUAUUUAUUUUUUUUUUUUUUUUUUCUCAAGGACUGUUUGGUAUGAACUGCUAUGCAACGACUGGCCGUUCCGUAGUCAGCCCUGUGAGACUGUGAUCUGGCAGGUGGGAAGGGGGAUUAAACAGUCUCUCAGCACCGUGACAGCUCCAAGGGAAGUUAAGGUGAGAUACAGAUAUUGUGGCUAUCACGAAAACACCUGAUCAAGUUCUGUUGAUAGGAUCCAUUUAAAUAGUUUGAUGUUUUAAGUUUAAUCGAAGCUUCCUAUGCAGCAUACAGUCAGUGUUGAAUUUAUGAGCCAGCUUAUGCUGAUUCACUCAUUGGAAUAUUUAAGUUCUGUUUUCAUACUGCUGUUUUUGAACUGUUAACUUGUUCUUUCUUCAAAGGAAAUACUUAUGUCUUGUUGGACUUUCCGUGCUGCUGAUCGACCUGAUUUUGCCCAGAUUACGAAGGCCUUGGGCCGCAUACCUCAGACCCGACUGAUAAGGAGUCCAUCCCAUCCAUGUCAGCUUAGCCGAGCAACAGAUGCCAUGACCUACUCAUGACCAUCACAGAAUGCCAUGAACUCUUUAGUUUUUGGCAAAGUCAUUUGAUUGGUUAAAAAAACUAAACAGUUUUGCUACCUAAUUCAUUUUGAUUUAUUAGUUUUGAUGAGAAAAGACAUUUUUUUAAACUCUCUGGAUAUACAGUCUUAUGAUUUAAAAUAGCCCAACAUUCUAGCCCAAGCCAAAUAAUGGUGUAGCUAUGCAGAGUUAGAUCCAACUGUUAUUAGUCUGUGUGGCCAAAAAAUAGGAAUUCCUCAUCUCGUCACAAAUGGACAUAAUUUUCUGUUUACUAUAAAGCAUUUAUAACCAGCAUGGUUCUUUUCUUGAACUUGAAAAAUAUUAUACAACUUAUAAAGGUCAAUUUAAUGAGUUAUAUUUUUAUUCAGUACACAAACAUACAUGAAAAUAUUGGCGGCAAGAUGUUCUUGGCACUGUUUGUAAGAUGUUCAAACAAUUUGUAGUUGACACACAAUCGUCAUGCCAGCUCACAUGGGCUUGUGUAUUUAUUAACCAUGAUUGAGUGGCUUUCAGCUUCUGUGAUAGUCUGUGAAAUAGUU